AAUACUUACAAUGUAAAGUAAAGAAUUAUUGAACAAGGAAAGGUUAAGUAACCACUUCAAAGGAAGUCAGCAAUAAAGGGGAAAGUUUACAAGAAAUUAAAUGGACAUAAUCAUCCUUAGAUGUCUAUCAGAAACAAGAAAACACAUUUCAUAAUGAUCAUUAGAUGUUUAAGAAAAAGAUCUUGAAGUUAGUCUGAAACCGUAGCAUUUGAUUGGAAGAAUGAAGGAAGAAAAAAUAAUGAAAGGCUGAAGAAACAUGCAGGAUGAAGAGAGAGCAUGGAGAUGUAUCCCUAUAUUUUGUGAUGACCUUCUUACAAAUCCUGUAGUUUCUUACGGAUCACCAUAACAUUAGUCAGUCCAUAGCCUUAACUUUAAAGUCCUUGAUGACCUUAAACUAGCAGUGUAUCUGUAAAGGGAGACAACUGGAUUUUUAUCAAUCAGCCAUUUUUCCAUAACAUCCAGACAGGAUAACAUUUCAUUGUAAGUUAUGUUUCAACACAAGGCUGGUUGUACUUCAUAUGAAGACCACACAUUAACUGCAGUGAUUUGUUUUGCCUGGCACAGCCAUUGAUAUAUGGAAACAGAGGAAGUUUUCUUCAGCACUAUAAUUUGAAGUGAAGCAUAUGAAAAAAACUGGAAGAAAACACCAGCUAAGACAAUGAAAAGGAGAAAAAAGCAUUGCUUUGAAAGAUAGUUAGGCAGGUUUUUGUUAUCAUAUCAGGUAUGUCAAACCCUAAGGAUUAACCAUUGUGCAAACUAUGUUUGUUACAAAAUUAUGAUUAAAGAUCAAAUUUUCUUUCGCUAUUCAUUUGUAAAGGUUUAAUCAUAAAUGGUAUCUAGACAAACAGAAGGACAGUAAGUUCAAAUAUUGUGACAUGAUGCAUACAUUUCAGUUAUCAGUAUUAUAUUCUAAUGCAAUUUUUAUGUAACUAUUUUUUUCAUUGGCUAAAAGUUACCAUUAAAUCCACAGUUAACAUGUUGUAACUAAGGAGUGACCCGCCAUUUUGAAUUGCUUGUAUCAAAAAAUGUUCUAUUACUACAUACAAUAUUAUCGAAAAUAAAACAAUACCUACUUCAAAAACACCAAAUUUUCUAUGUGGUUUUAUCCAAAUUUGAAUGAUAGAAGUAAUGUAAUAACCUUUAGUUUGUAAGUUCUCAUUUGUAUGAAGUCACUUUAAGGCAUGACAUCUAUGCGCCAAAAUCAUGGCUACCCGUUGCCAGUAAAACUGCAUUUCUAAUCAUCAAAUCACCAAUUGACAGCAGCAACUCUACAACUACAGUACUGUUAUUCCUUAAUUACCUUUACUAGACAAUCUUAAUUUAGAAAAAAAAAAUUUACAACCAUGCAAGAAAAGAGUUUUUAAUGUGUAUUUGUACAAAUUUCCACAUAUAAUGUUAGAAGGUAUAUCUAUGUGAUGAACAGUAUAAAUUCAUCAUGCAAAAUCUAUAUACACACAUGACAAAACCAAAUGCUUUCAAUGCAGCUCUUCUUCUCAAAGCAGUUAAGGCCUUCAAUAUGCAGCCAAAGCUUACACCACACUGCAAGUUCAACAUGGGGGAUACUUCAAAGUUUCAAAGAAACAAGAUGUUUUAUUUUGAUCUAUUUUCUUUUGUAGUUGUAAUGUUAGAUAGACUGAAAAUUAUAAGUUGUAUUAAAGUUAGUUUAUAUUGACAGAAUGAUUCAUUUGUACUGUAAAUUAUCAAUAUUGUAUUCUAUUCAAUGUAUAUUAUAAACAUAUUGAUAAACAAUAUUAUGAAAUAAUUUGUCUAUUGUAUAUUUUCAGGUGAACUUAAUUUCCUGUUUCUACAAUUUCGUAAUUUUAUUCCUUAAAUAAUAUUGUUGUCUGUUUACUAUAUGUUUUUUUCUUUUCAGGAUUUCAUCUCAAUUUCAGAUUUUUUCUACCGGUAAUUUUAAUCAAAGGGUAUAAUCUAUGUAUAGACAGGCAUUUCUUCUCAUACUUUGUUAGGCACAAAUUAUUUUACUGUGCCAUUUAUAUGUAAUUUAUGUGAUUUGUUUCAGCUUUAAGGUUUGACUGUUAUGUUGAGAGAACAACAAUUUAAUUUAUGCUUUGAUAUAUUAUACUUUCUUUUGUACCUCCACAUUUUGAAUAUGUUUAAAUUUGUGUACUAGUAAAUUAAUAAAAUAUAGAAUUUCUUUCAUAUACAAUAUGUGCAAAUACAAAUGUAUAGGAAAAUUGGUCAUCACCUAAAACUUGAACAAUAUAUAUCUGUUAUUUAUGAAAUAUAAAAAUGCUGUCUGUAGUCCUAAAAUGAAUAUCUGUUACAUUGUAGGUAUGUCAACAUCCACACAAUGGUAUGAGAUGUUGGGGAGCAGAGGCUGUAACCUCAUUAGUCAAGGCAGCACUCAGUCAUACUUAUGAUCCUCCAUUACAUCAAAAUCUGAAAUUACAAACAUGUAUUCUUGGACCUUUACAAGAACUGUCUACCAUUCACCAACCAGAUAUCAGACAGAGACAGCUAGAAUGUAUUCUACAGAUUCUACACAAUAAUGGGGAUAAACUCGUUCAUGGGUGGCCAUUGGUGCUUGGAGUUAUUGGUGCUGUUACAAAUGACCAAGGGGAAAAGUUGAUACAGACAGCUUUUCAAAGUUUACAGUUGGUAGUUACAGAUUUCCUUCCCAUAAUACCUUGUCAGUAUUUACAAGUUUGUGUGGAGGUGGCAGCAAAGUUUGGUUUACAGCAUCAAGAACUUAACAUCAGUCUGACAUCUAUUGGACUAUUGUGGAAUAUUUCUGACUUUUUCUACCAAAAUCGGGAAAGAAUUGCUAAAGAACUUGAAUCAGACUUGUCAGAAAAUGAUAGUAAAAAACUUGGUAUGCCAGCUUUUGACUCCCUAUGGAUGUGCUUGUAUAGCAAACUUGGAAAACUAUGUGUGGACCAGAGACCAGCUAUCAGAAAGAGUGCAGGACAGACUUUGUUCUCUAUGAUAUCAGCUCAUGGAAGCCUCCUUUAUAAAGACACAUGGCAAAAGGUUUUAUGGCAGGUUUUGUUCCCCCUGUUAGCAGAUGUACAGAAACUAUCAAGUCAAGCUUCUAAUGUAAAAGACGAGGCCGCAACAGGAAACAUUCUGAUUCAUCAUUCUAGAGAUACAGCAGAAAAACAGUGGGCAGAAACCAGAGUUUUAACACUGGCUGGUGUAGCUAGAACUUUCAACUCAAAACGAAGAUUUCUUCAGCCAAUAGGAGAUUUUCCUCGAGCUUGGACACUUUUACUAGAAUAUUUAGAAACUGCAUCAUUGUGUCAGAGUGCUGAAGUAUCACUGGCAGCUCUUAAAAGUUUCCAAGAAAUUUUACAAAUUAGUAAAGAUAAACCAGAGGAUCAGAAAAUUGAAGGUUUACCUCAAAUGACCCCACCACCAGAGGAGGUCAUACAUAGAACAGAGGACCAAAAGUCAAACGAACAAUUGCAAUCAAACAAACUGUCAUCCGAUGUUGAAACUGAAUAUGAUCUGUCUUUAUGGACUGCUGCAUGGAAAGUUUGGUUAAACAUUGGAACUAAUUCAACAAAACCACAGAAAGUUACAAACAAAUCUGUCAAAGUUUAUGUUCCGUCUCAAGCUUUCUUAACAGCACUUAUACAAACAUUUCCUUAUCUAUUUGAACAUAUCAAACCACGGUUUGUCACUGCUGAUUUACAGAAACUGUCGUCAGUGCUACAGAUGGCCCUGUCUGUACCUGUCCAUGGUGAUGCUUCACCAUUUAUUAUACCCUCCUACCCAGAAAUCACAGUGACACCUUUACAAGAAGCAGUACUGAAAGCAAUGGAUGUCCUUAUUAAGUUGGCAGCUUCUAAGGCUGUACAUAGUGGUCCUGAACAAAUGCAGUCUAUGUAUCCAGAUAUAUACCACCAGUUGUUAACCUAUGUGGAGUAUGGUGUCAGGGUACCAAAAUAUGGACAAAUAGAAGCCAAAGCAUUUGGAACUGUGAAAGGACCACAGGUGGCUUGGGUGACCAUGAACUUUGUUCCUUUUUCUGAGAAGUGUGUAGAAAUGGUUGUAGAUCUGUAUCGUAUCACUGCCAGACAUACUGCUGUUAUAAAUGGUCAUAUACUGGAAAACAUCAUUAAGGCAUUCAGACUACCACUGAGUUACAAGUAUGGCUGUCCAUCACCUUCAACAUGGAUGCUGGUCAUCAAUUCUUUGUUGUCUAUAUUGACCAUUGGUCUUCCAGUGGCCAGAAAACAUGAAUCUUCAUUUAACGGAAUGUGGUCAGAACUAGCACAAACCUUUGAAGAAUUUUUGUUCUCAAAGAGCCCUUCAUUGCCAACUCUAUCAGUAGAAGAUUUCCAAAGAGAUGAAGCCAUUGAUUGUAAAGUAGUACAGUUGAUAAGAGAUGAUAUUUUGUCACACACCUGUUCUAUGCCUGGUGAUUUUGUCAAGAAGAUCAUGCAGUUACUUAACAAGGGCAGUAUACAUGCUACCCCAUCUGAUCAAUUCAUUGGUAAGAUAUUUAUCAAGGGAAUAGGAGAUACAGAGUCUAGUCGGAAAUUACGUGAAGAAUUUGCAAAGACGUGCUUUGAAACCUUACUACAGUUUUCAUUUAUAUCAAAAAGUCAAUCUGAGGAAGGUUCUAUAACAAAAGUGGCUGUUUUGUCAUUGUUACAAAGGUGUCAAGAUGUUGUCAAGAAAUAUGUAGAAGAUGAAAGACUCAGUGGAAAAUGUCCUUUACCAAGACCAAGAUUAGCUGAGAUGGCUUCAGUUUUAAAAGCAAUCACUACUCUCAUCUCAUCACUGAAGAAAGCUCCAGCUGGCAAUGUGGAGAGAGGUGUGUGGAACCAGGUUAUACAGCUAUACCCUUCACUAGUUGACUGUACAACUUCUCCAUCACCAAGUGUUUGUAAGGCACUCAAAGAUGUUUUACAUGAAUAUAAGGAUCUGUUACAACCACUUAACACAGCUACACAAAAUGGAACAGUAUAAUAUCUAAUUCUAAUUCUAGUCAUUAGCCUUACCUAGCUGACUGGCUUAAAAAAUCCUACAAUAGCCAAAUUAUUUAUUCUAUAUUUAAGAAUCUGCCUCCUUGAGAGAAGCACAUCUUGGCUUUUGCUGAUAAAGCCAAAAGUAAUUCAAAACAAACCAUUAUUGCUUGCUGGAAUUGGAAUUCAACAUAUACAAUAAUAUCGAAAGAAACAACCGUGUUAAGUUGCUUUUAAUUUCAACGAUUGUCACUGAAAUAAAACACCACAGAUGGUCAUUUUAUAUUUAAAAAAGCAAAUCUUAUUCAUCAACAUAAAAUGGUUUUUACAAUCUAUAUCAUUUUGUUUUGAUAGAAAUUUAAUGUGCAAAUGAAAUUGUUUUUGGUUGAUUCUUAAUCCAUUCUUCAAGAAUUUUGUAUGUUUUUACAUUAAAUCUACCUUAAUAAAUAAUGGAAACAAAUGAAAUACUGACUAGGUAUAGUAGAUGCAGAGACUUCCUUUAUAAAGAACUGAUAUAUGUCACUUAUUUAUAAACAGAAUGAAUUUACUUUGUGGGUUAAUUUGGUGAUGCCUUUUGUUAUGUUGCAAUAUACUUUUUUUGUUUUGUUUAUAAAAUUGGUUUUUUUUUGUAUUUGUAAAGAUUUUUGUAUGUUGAUAAUUUUUUGUGCUUUGUUUGAUUGUACUUGUGUAUGUACAGACUGUUUAUGCAAAGUUAUGAGUUAUUAUAUUUGUGCUUUGACAUUUUUUCUUUAGCUAACCUAUGCCAAAUGGCUAGUAGCUAUUGUGAUCAUUUGUCACUAAUCUUUGUCAGUUAAGUUUAUUAAAAUCUUUUAUUUUAAAAUCACCAUGUAAGUUCCAACCUGAUUUGUCCAGAAUCAAAUCUAAAGGUUUUAGUUUCAAAAUUGUAUGGAUAUUUUCACAACCAAAAACAGUGGCCUAAUUAACUAUAAAUACAAUAUGGUUAAAACUCUAAUAUUGAAAACAUUUUCUACAAGUACAUUUACUUUUCAGUUCUCAUGUUGGUUAACAGGACUAUAUUCCUUGCAAUAUUUGGACCUGAACCUAAAAAACAUGGAAACAGAAAUUAUAUAUAUAUAUAUAGGGAAGAACAAAAAUUUGCUUCUGCAAAUUUGCAGAUUUAACAUUGUUGUGCUGAUAUUUCGAGUAAUUAUGUAUAUAUAAACAUUUGAUUCUCUUAGUUCAACCUGUAAGGCCAUCUGAUUUAUUGCCAUCAUUUGGUGUCUGUCAGCUUUGUCACCAUCUGUUAACUUUUUGUUUUCAAGAAGAAUCUCUAAAUUAAACUACCUUGCCAAUUUUAACAAAUUUGCCAAGAAUGUCCCCUGAAACAAACAGCCUUCAUUUGGUUCCAAUCUUUAAAAGAAAUGAGCAUGUUAGUACUCUGGUUGUAAGUUAAAACCCAGCUUCACCACCAAUCUAUAAAUUCACUUGGAUUGCCAGUUUUCCUGCCAAAAGUUGUUGUUCACUCCUGUUAUCUGGCUUCCAUCUUCAUCUUAAAAACUGACUGCCAUUAAUUGGCCAAGUGUGCUGAAAGUGGCAUUGAACACCCUACUAUCAAUUAAUCAAUCCUCAGUUACUAUAAGAUGAAAUGUUUUGAAACUUAACAUGAUUGAUGAAUUUGAGAGGCCCUCUGCAACCUGUUUUCUGUCGUUAUAAAUCUUUUCAACCCAAAUAAUCCAGACAAGCAAUUCAGAGUCUUUGCAGCCAUUAGAUUUAUGACACUGCCACUAGCUUGUCAGGGGAGUUUUGCUUGUAAGAAUAACAUCCCCUGGUCUGCUAGAAAGAAAUAAAGACCUGUACCUAAGCUGAGAGAAAUACAAGGACUAAAAACCAUGUGGAAAAACAAAAUAUCAUCAAUUAUAUAUUUUAUUAAACAACAUAAUUUAUUAAUGAACAACAAGGAUUUGUAUAGUGAUACAAAUCCUUGUGAACAAUAAACAUUCUUCUGCUUUUCUCUAAACCUGCAAAUAUAAGAUAUAUAUCAUUAUUAAUAUUGUCAAAUUCUGGCAUUUUUAUUAUGAUUUUAACUGGAUUUCAGAAAAAAAGUCUCAUAAGUCGAGUAUAAGACGACCCUGUCAACUUUCUGAAAAAAAAAUUGACUUAUCCACUAUCCAGUGACAAUUACAGUAAAUGUAUUUUUAAACAUAUUUGCAGCAAAUAAUUGAGAUAACAUUGAUUUUUAUUAACCUAUGUAGGAUUAUUUGUGACAUUUGUCAUUGAAACCUCUUAAGGUAAUUAAACUUUGUAAAUUGAUAGUAGAAAUUAUCUUGCUUUUUAAGAGUUUGUAUUUUAUUCUUCCAGUUAAAUUAUUUGCAGUUUUGAAUUAUUAAGUAGAAGAAUUUCUCAGUUGUAUGUAUCUCAGAUUGUCUUAUUGUUUGGAAGAUAAUGUUCAUUUAUUAAUAUAAUAUUCAUUUUAUGAAUUAAAAGAAGCCACCAACUGAGCAAUUUUAAUUAUUCAUAAGGGAUGAACUUCAUAAACAAUUUAUUAAAGAUUGAUGUAUCAUUUUAUAUGUUAAUUUUAUUUGUUAAUGAUAAUAGACAAAAAAAUCAUGUGAUGUUUUCAUAUUUGUAGUUGUUAACAUAUUCAUAUGUCAGAGAAAUAUAAAAUUGUUGGAACAUC